UCCGCUCGCCUUGGCCUCCCAAAGUGCUGGUAUUACAUGUGUAAGCCACUGUGUCCGGCCACCGUUUUUUUUUUUCCAUUUUUUGAGACAGGGUCUUGCUCUGUUGCCCAGGCUGGAGUGCAGUGGCAUGAUCACAGCUCACUGCAGCCUCAACCUCCCGGGCUCAAGCAAUCCUCCCACCUCAGCCUCCUGAGUAGCUGGGACUACAGGUACACACUACUACGUUGGGCUAAUUUUUAAAAAAUUUUUGUAGUGACACAGGUCUCUCUAUGUUGCCCGGAGUGGUCUUGAGCUCCUGGGCUCAAGUGAUCCUCUGGCCUCAGCCUCCCAAACUGUUGGGCUUACAGACACGAGCCACCGUGCCUGGCCUAGACAGUUUCUUUCUUGUUGGGGUUGUUCACCGGUAGGAGGUGCACCAUUGUGCUAUGCUGACUAUAUUCAUAGAGUUAUGUAACCAUCACUCUCAUCUAAUUUCAGAACAAAAGGAAACCCAUACCCUCUCGCAGUCACUCCUUCAUUCUCCCCUCCCCCCAUCCUAUGGCCACCGCUAAUUUACUUUCUGUUUCUAUGGAUUUGCCUGUGAUCACAACCAGAGGAUUUCUGUGACAUGCUAAGUUACCAAACCAUGGUGUGGAAGGAGAGGGAAAUGGAGUGAAGUCAGGGACCCGCCAGGGAACAGGCAGCCAGUGUCCACCAGGCGUGUGCAGAUGGGACAGCUUGGCAUACAGCCCGGCGGGCAUCAGCUCCCUUGACCCAGUGGAUAUCGGUGGCCCCGUUAUUCGUCCAGGUGCCCAGGGAGGAGGACCCGCCUGCAGCAUGAACCUGUGGCUCCUGGCCUGCCUGGUGGCCGGCUUCCUGGGAGCCUGGGCCCCUGCUGUCCACACCCAAGGUGUCUUUGAGGACUGCUGCCUGGCCUACCACUACCCCAUUGGGUGGGCUGUGCUCCGGCGCGCCUGGACUUACCGGAUCCAGGAGGUGAGCGGGAGCUGCAAUCUGCCUGCUGCGAUAUUCUACCUCCCCAAGAGACACAGGAAGGUGUGUGGGAACCCCAAAAGCAGGGAGGUGCAGAGAGCCAUGAAGCUCCUGGAUGCUCGAAAUAAGGUUUUUGCAAAGCUCCGCCACAACACGCAGAACUUCCAAGGCCCUCAUGCUGUAAAGAAGCUGAGUUCUGGAAGCUCCAAGCUAUCAUCGUCCAAGUUUAGAAAUCCCAUCAGCAGCAGCAAGAGGAAUGACUCCCUCCUGACAUCAGCUAAUUCAGGACUGUGAGCCGGCUCAUUUCUGGGAUCCAUCGGCACAGGAGGGGCCAGAUCUUUCUCCGAUAAAACCAUCACCCUACAGACCCAGCUGUCCCCACGCCUCUGUCUUUUGGGUCAAGUCUUAAUCCCUGCACCUGAGUUGGUCCUCCCUCUGCACCCCCACCACCUCCUGCCCCUCUGGCAACUGGAAAGAGGGAGUUGGCCUGAUUUUAAGCCUUUUGCCGCUCCAGGGACCAGCAUCAACCCUGGGCAGCCAGUGGCUCUUGUAGAGAAGACUUAGGAUACCUCUCUCACUUUCUGCUUCUUGCCGUCCACCCCGGGCCAUGCCAGUGUGUCCCUCUGGGUCCCUCCAAAACUCUGGUCAGUUCAAGGAUGCCCCUCCCAGGCUAUGUUUUUCUAUAACUUUUAAAUAAACCCUGGGGGGUGAUGGAGUC